AUGGGUGGUAAGAAGAAGAAAAAGGAAAGGAAAGGAGAUAAGAACACUAUAGUAACAUUUGCCGACCAGUAUGAUGACGAUGAGCUGCUGAGACCCUUUAAGAGUGGGGUUCCACCUUUAGAUCAACUACCCAAGAAGAGUAACCUCAAAGAUAAACAUCAAAGCUCAGGAGGUCCGCUGAGGUACGUGGAUCACACUGCUGACGAUAGGAGAGCUCCAGUAGCUAAGCAACAGCAGGUCAGAGCAGAGAGUCCUAUUGAUGGAGCGAGGAUGCCUUAUCUUACCAAUACUGAACACAACGAGCACCAAAUCAGGAUAGGACAGACAAUCCCACCGGUAAUAGUCUACGAGAACUGUGCCCCUCCAAUACCUGUAAAUGUAAGGGACCUGUUCGUGAACGCUAGACUUGGCAUUUUGUUCGGACUUCCUGGAGCUUUUACUCCCGUCUGCUCAACGAACCACCUGCCUAGUUUCUUAAAAGAUCACGACAAGUUCAAACAUCGUGGUGUUGAGAUAGUAGCCUGUGUGUCAGUAAACGACCCCUACGUUACCACAGCUUGGGGCUACUACCAGAACGCCGAUAAGAAGGUAAAAAUGUUAUCAGACGUGCUGUGUGAGUUUACUAAAAGUAUUGGGAUGGAAACUAACAUGUACGCGCAAUUAGGGGGUAUAAGAUCCAAGAGGUUCGCUAUGAUUUUAGAGAACGGAGUAGUUAAGUACCUCACAGUAGAAGAUAACCCUCAGAAGACGUCUUGUACCAUGGCUGGACAUGUACUGGAAGCUCUGGAUAAUCGUUACCACGACGCCAGUGAGGAUCACCCUUUAGCAGCGUGGUAUCACCACGGUAAAAAGAUAAGUUUCCCCCUCCUCGGAAACUAG